GACUGCGCGGGCCGUUCGAGGACAGCGGCGGGAAGCUGAGCCGAGCCGAGCCGAGCCGAGCCGGGCAGCCAUGGCCAAAGUGUGGCAACAUCCUUAUCUGAACAUCUUCAAACAUUUCAAAGUAGAAGAAUGGAAAAGAUCCACCAAGGAUGGGGAUGUGACAACCUUUAUGGACAAGACUCUGAAAGGGACGGUAUAUCGCAUUAGCGGGGCCGUUCCGGCCAGCAACUACCUCCAGCUUCCAAAGACUGGCACACAGUCCUUGGGUCUCACUGGUUGCUACAUCUACAUCCUCUUCAAACCUGCACCAGGCAAAUAUUUUGUAGUGCAUCUGGAUGUUGCUACUGAGGACAGCCAAGUGGUCCGUAUUUCAUUUUCCAACCUCUUUAAAGAAUUCAAGUCCACAGCCACAUGGCUGCAGUUCCCAUAUAUUUGUGGGGCAGCCCGCGGGUCAGUCUAUGAAAGUACAGCCAAGACUUCUAAGCGAGAUCUGGUGGGCCUCGCCCCCAGCAACGUGCGAUGGACUUGUUUGAUGCUUGACCUCCGCCACAUUCUUGGCCUCUACUUGAACAGAACUUACAGUCAUCUGAAAAGUGUCAAGCUGUGCUCCAACCUGUUGGUGAAAAACCUGUUUACCAGUGAUUUGCUCUUUGACCCAGCGUUGACCUUUUCUGAGGCUCAGCAGUCCAAGCUGGCAUUGCGCAGCAUCUCUCCCAUGCCUCGGGAAAUGGCGUUUCCAGUGCCCAAAGGAGAAAAUUGGCAUGACCUCUAUGAUUACAUUCGGUUUCCUUCUGAUGGAUCCAGGAUGCCUUUUGACUCUAUUCAGAAAGGCACUUUGAAUUCCUGUGCUGCUGGUCAUACCGAAGACGAUCCAGUGACCCAGGUUCCCAAGGAAGUGUCCCUGAGCAAGCCAGUUCGGGACCGCGUGUCUCUCAUCCAGCAAAUCACCAGUCCCAAAGAGAUGCCUCGCCAGUCUCCCCUUCUUACAAAGAACGUCCCCAAGAUUCACCAGCCAAGGUCUGAGACUCUAUGGGCAGCCUGCACUGUGGACCAGACCCACCUGAGAGAAGGGCCACAGGCCAGAGGAGAUUCCUGUUUCCUCCCAUCUUCAACAGACGAUGGCAGCAUUCAUGUUUACGCCCACAAAAAUGGGGAUGACGCUGUCCAUGCUGUUACCAUUGACUCUGACGAGAGCAUAUACAUGCAGACGGCAGGAUCAAAGACAAUCUCUGCUAAGAGCUCUGUUCCCAGCACGAGGCUGUUGCCGGAUCCAAUUCUGAAGCUGAAGAAGAUUAUUGGGUUUGGGGGCUGCAGCACCAAAUGGGCAUUGUGGGCUGCCGGCAGUGCAGUAGUGGUCUACCCUUGCCAUGCUCUGAUUGUAGCAGUAGCACUUGAUUCUGGCAAACAGAGGUUUUUUGCUGGCCACACCGACAAGGUGGCGGCCCUGGCGUUCAACAACAAAAGCACUUUGCUGGCAUCUGCGCAGAUGGGAGAAAUGAGCGUGGUGCGUCUCUGGGACUUCCUGAGCGGAAAGUGCCUUUGCGUGUUUAAAACAGGGAUCCAUUCCAUCUCUUGCCUCAGUUUUUCAUACAACGGAAAUGUCCUCUGUGGCACCGGGAAAGACAAACGCGGGAAAACGGUGGUGGUGGUGUGGAGCACCAUCCAGGUGAAUCGUGGGGGAGAGGUGGUCAUGCUGGCCAAAGCUCACACAGAUGUGGACAUUCGGGCCUUCAAGAUUGCCUUUUUUGAUGAUACCAGGAUGGUAUCAUGUGGCCGGGACAAUGUGAGGCUGUGGCGGGUCCAAAGCGGGGCUUUGCGCUCCUGCCCAGUGAAUUUGGGUGAAUACCGUUCUCUGGAGUUCACCGACCUGGCCUUUGAGGUCGGCCACUCCACUCAGCGUGAGCCUGAGGACCGGACACUGUUUGUUUGCAGCAGGAGUGGGCAUGUUUUAGAAAUUGACUACAAGAAUGUCACUGUCAGAAAUGUCCGACGCCUUUUGCCCUUGGAGGCAGGACACACUCAUCGCGGAGAGAAGCAAGCUUUUAAUUCAGGCCCUGGGAUAUCCCUAAACAGCAUCUGCCUCUCUUCGAGUUUCUGUGCCACUGCCUCUGACGAUGGCUACCUGCGCCUGUGGCCAUUGGACUUUUCGGAAGUCUUCCUGGAGGCAGAGCACCACAAUCCAGUGAGUUCAGUUCAAAUCAGCCCAGACAAUCUGAAGGUUUUGUGCACCACCCCCACCGGGAAUGUGGGCUGCCUGGACAUCCAGUCGAGGGAUUACUGUACAAUCAUGCGCUCCCACAUGGACUCUGUCUUGGCAUUUUCAGUGGAGAGUUCCCAGAAACAGCUGGUGACUGUAUCCGAAGACAAUACCAUUCGCAUCUGGAACGUUGAAUCUAUGCAGCAGCUUUAUGAAUUCACGGCCUCAGAUGAAACUCCGUGUGCCGUGGCUUUUCACCCCUUGCAACCUAUCUUUGCUUGUGGCUUUGACACCGGUGUGGUCAGGACCAUCAGCCUGGCUGCCUCAAGACUACUUGAAGAACACAAGCAGCACCGGGGUCUGAUCACUGGUCUGACCUUCUCCCCAGAUGGCAAUUUCAUGUACAGUUCCUGCACCCACGGGACUCUGAGUCUUUAUAACUGUGCCAUCCAUAAAAGUCACACCGUCAGAGUGUUAGCUAACGUGGUGUCACAAGACGCUGACCAUGGUCCUGACGCGUUGUGUGUCAGUUGUGAUGGACGUCUCUUGGCCUUUGUGGGACCUUCCAAAUACAUUGUAACUCUCAUGGAUGCUCAUACCCUGGAUGAGCUACUAAGAAUCGAUGUAAGCAUACUGGAUCUGGACAGCACGGCCCUUGAUGUUGCUGUGAGACUUUGCUUCGCCCCUUUUCCUCUUGGCCAUCUUUUGGUGUCAACGUCCUCCCAAAAGGUCCUGGUGCUUGAUGCCAAGUCUGGACGCUUAAUCAGAGUGGUCUCUCAAGUUCACAAGCAGUCUUGUUCUUCAUUAACGUUGAGUCCUGAUGGCCGGUAUGUCUUGACAGCCGGUGAUAGGGUUAUCAAAGUGUGGGAUUAUGGAAUGAGAUUUGAUGUCAGCUGCCAGGUGUUCAUCGGCCACUCUGAACCAGUACGGCAGGUGAGGUUCACCCCUGACCAAAAGGAGGUCAUCAGUGUUGGAGAUGCCAUCUUCCUGUGGGAUUUCCUAGGUGUCUUUUCAAAGGAGCCCUUCAAAGAUGAAAUUGAUUCCCCUGAGCCCUUGGAGGUUCCUCAAGUUGACGCUAGCUUGGAGAAGUUACAAGAUUCACCUCCUGGGUCCAGUGAUGCCCCCCGUCAGCUGGUUCCUUUGCCUACGGUUGUGUCCCCUCCGUGCCUGGAUCUCAGCUCUCUCCAGCGAUUGGCUGAGCGGGAUACUUCCUCUGACUCUGAAGAAGAAAAAGAAGCAUGCUUGAAAGGAAACAACGGGGAGGCUGUUAAUGGGGCUGUUGGCCACUCAGUCCUUGUGCUGGAGGACAUUGUCCAACAUGAAGAACCUCUGGCUGUGAAACCUGACAUUUCUCCAAUUUGUUUAAGCCCUCACAGUCCUGCAGGAGGUGACAGAAGAAAGGAAACCAAAGGAUCCGUACCCCAAAAUAACGUCCGCCCAGACUGCUACCGGCACUUCAUACCCCGUUUCAAAACUUCCGCACCUUCCAAGGUGUUUUCUUCUCCAACUGCUAAUGAGGGUCUGAAGCUAAAAGCGGUAAUUGGCUACAAUGGGAAUGCCCGAGGGAACAUGGUGUGGAACCCAGACACAGGCUUCUUCGCCUACAGCUGUGGUUGUGUGCUCAUUGUCGAAGACUUGCACUCUGGAUCCCAGCAGCAUUGGCUGGGCCACCCAGAAGAGAUUUCAACCUUAGCGCUUAGUCGUGAUGCCCAGGUUCUUGCCUCUGCCUCUGGUCAAGGUGGUGGAGACCUGCGCUGCCAAAUUUGCAUCUGGAAUGUACAAAAUCGGACUUGUGAAAAGGUCCUGUUUCAUCAUGAAACCCAAGUGCAGGCCAUGGCGUACUCUCGAGACAGCCGCUUCCUUGUCACUCUAGGAGACUAUGUUGACAGAGUCAUUGCCCUGUGGAACACCCAGACUUAUGGCUUGAUGUCAUCCACCCGCCUUGCUGAGCCAGUCCAUGACAUAGCCUUUAAUCCACUUUCGGUGGGACACCUUGCCUGUGUGGGGAAGGGAGCUGUGACAUUCUGGCUAAUGGAGCAACAGGGAUCUGACAUCAGCCUCAAAGUCCAGCGAGUCCCUGCUCCUAAUGCAGUUGGUCCGGUGGAACUCACAUCCAUGUGCUACAGCUCUGGUUGUCUUCUGUACACUGGGACUAGCAUAGGACAGAUCUGCACCUGGGACACGGAGACUAAUUGCUGCUUCCUGACUUGGGAGGCCGUUGAUGGCGAGAUUGGAGUCCUGCAGUGUCGCCAUAACCGGCUGGUCAGUGGCAGCAAUACCAAGAAGAUCCAGGUUUGGUCGGUGGCUGCAGUCCAAGAGCUGAGAGUCAAAGGAACCAAUGCCAGAUCUAACUCCGUUCUCUUGGAGCAGGAGAUCACUCUAGAUGGUACCAUCGUGAGUGCCGCUUUUGAUGAUGGCAUGGACAUGGGCAUUGUUGGGACCACAGCGGGGACCUUGUGGUACAUCAGCUGGACAGAGAACACCAGCAUCCGGCUGAUCAGCGGCCACAAGAACAAGGUGAGUGAGGUGGCCUUCAGUCCUGGAGAGUCUCAUUUUGCUACCUGUGCAGAGGAUGGUAGCGUCAGGGUUUGGUCCCUGGCGAGCUUGGAGCUGGUGGUGCAGUUUCAAGUGCUCAAUCAGAGCUGCUUAUGCUUGGCUUGGAGCCCGGUGCCCACCUCCAUCAGUGGGGUCGAAAGCCAUCAUAUUGUGGCAGGCUAUAGCGAUGGCACCAUCCGCCUCUUCAGCAUUUCCCGGACAGAGAUGGAGUUGAAAAUGCACCCCCAUUCUGUGGCCGUUACAGCACUCGGAUAUUCUGCAGAUGGAGAAAUCAUCCUAUCAGGAAGCAAGGAUGGAUUGAUCGCCAUUAAUAGCCCUCGUACAGGGAUGACCAUCAGAGUCCUUACAGACCACCGACCCUCAGCCAUCAACGUUAUCCGCUGCACCAGAAAACAGUACACUGAACUUGGGACUGAAGGAAGCGAUCUCUGGCUGGCGUCCAGCACCGAUCGACGCGUCAGCAUCUGGGUUUCUGACUGGUUGAAGGACAAAUGUGAGAUCAUCGAUUGGUUAAGCUUUCCAGCUCCCACAGGUCCUGCGAUUCCCAGCCCUCUGCCCCCUAGCCUGGCAGCGUUUUGCCCCUGGGACAAAAGUACUAUUGCUUAUGCUGGCUUCGGGUUGCAAAAAGAAAUCCUUUUCUACAGCUUGCGGCAGAAACAGGUCACUGAGAAGAUUUCCUUGCCUGCCUUUGCUACUUCGCUGAACCUGUCUCCUGUUGCCUGCACCAUAGCUGUUGGUUUCAGCGAACGUACGCUGAGGCUGAUUGACCGCACGACAAAGACAUCACAGGACUACGCGGGGCACAACGACACGGUUUGUCUCUGCAGAUUUUCCCCCUCUGGGAAACGCCUUUUUACAGCUUCCUACAAUGAGAUCCUGGUGUGGGAAGUCCAGAGCAGGUGAAUGGGGGCCACCGCCUUCACCAUCACCCUGGCCUGAUGCCCAGUGGAAUCAUGCAGAUAACAGCUGCUUCAUCAUGCUGGAAUUACGCCCGUCUUCUCUUGUUACCAUGGACCAGCUGCAACUUCCAGCUCCAGGCUGAGCUGCCCCAAAUUCAGGGUGGGAGGCAGGUGUCUGUGUUAGAGCUGAACUUUGUGUCCCUUUGAGCUGCUCUAUAGCUUUAAUGCCAGUCAGAACGGAUUUAGCCACUAGCGUAGCAGUCAGUUAAGAACCUGCAGGAUUUGGAAGAAGUCCUUCUCCCUUUUGUAUUUAGGCUUCAGGAUCCUUCCUCAUAGAUUACAUUUCUUUGCGUUGGGAGUAGUGAUGCUAUAUUGCCUCCCUUCCCAAUAUGCCCACAGAUACGUGAGUUGGUCUCCUUUCUUUUUCAGCUCAGCAAAGUAGUUUGACCAGGCCACCUGAAACUUGAGCCAAAAAGCUGCUUUGCAUGUCCCUUGGCUGUAGAGGUUCCCGGCCUGUUAUGGGGCUGGCGGAUACUCAUUGACUUCCUGACCGCUGAUACAGUGGCAGAUGCCUCAAUAGCUAGGGAUGCUCCUUGUCACAUCUGGAACUGGCAGACAGCAUCCAUCCAACAGCCUUCUUAAGAAUGGGAUGAUUUACAGAAUCAGUGGGCUAAACCGCUGGUCCUCCCAAGUCUUGAGUCCCAUAAAUGGGCUGGCAGAUUGCAUAACUGAUCUUCAUACUUCGGAUGUCCCCACAGUAAUAUGUGAAUGUUCUUACAAAGUAUUAUGCUAAUCUCAGCUAAAGCAUAUGGCCCAUGGAAGGUCUGUUGUGAAACGGGGAAGAGAGCAACAUGAUUCUUGUCUCUUUUCUGUUGAAGUUGGUUUCGGUCCCUUUAUUCUUAUGCUGUUAAAUGUAUAUACGUAUGUAUAUUCUACAUAUUUUUCUACAACUAAAAUAGCCUUUUUUCAUUCAUCCUCCCCCACUACUAGAUUUUGAUUUGCCUAUUACACUUUCAAGUGAACAUUUAGCUGAGAAGGAAUGUCUCUCCCCCCCCCCCCCAUUCCUACCUCCUCUAUUUUCUUAGAGAAUCACAAAAGGCCUUGUUAAAAAAAGAAACCCAGAGUGUUAAACCGCUGAGUAGGUUUUAUGAGUACAAGUUUACCUUUUAAAGAAUGUCUUAUUUUAAAGAUCAGGAACUUUCAAGCACAUUUUAUACUCAGAAUUUGUAAAGAUAAUAUGUUUUGCUCUUAGAAUGCACUGUUAACUAGACCCAAGGUUGUCCUUCAGAUAGCGGCCAGAUACCAGCAGUGAAGCAGGCAUCUUUUUUGCUUCUUAACCUUGGCCCGUAACAACAGAAACAACAGAAUUCACAUUGCACUUGUUUUUGCUUGUAAU